AUGGGUCGCAUGCACUCGAAGGGUAAGGGUAUUUCCUCGUCGGCUCUGCCGUACAGCCGCUCGCCUCCGUCGUGGCUGAAGACUUCGCCUGAGGAGGUUGUGCAGCAGAUUGUUAAGCUCGCUCGUAAGGGUGUCACGCCCUCGCAGAUCGGUGCUCAGCUCCGUGACAGCCAGGGUGUUGCCCAGGUCCGCUUUGUGACCGGUAGCAAGAUCCUGCGUAUUCUCAAGAGCGAGGGUCUUGCCCCUGAGAUCCCCGAGGACCUUUACCACCUGAUUAAGCGUGCUGUGAGUGUGCGCAAGCACCUGGAGCGCAACCGCAAGGAUAUGGACAGCAAGUUCCGUCUCAUUCUUAUCGAGUCGCGUAUCCACCGUCUGACUCGCUACUACAAGACUGUCGGUGCUGUGCCGCCUACCUUCAAGUACGAGUCGUCGACUGCCUCGACUCUUGUGGCGUAA